CGGCGGCGGCUGAGGCGGUAUGGAUCUCAGCGAGUUGGAGAAAGACAAUACAGGCCGCUGUCGCCUGAGCUCGCCAGUGCCCGCGGUGUGUCGCAAGGAGUCCUGCGUUCUCGGCGUUGAUGAAGCGGGUCGGGGCCCUGUGCUUGGCCCCAUGGUCUACGCCAUCUGUUAUUGCCCCUUGUCCCGCCUGGCAGAUCUGGAGGCUAUGAAAGUGGCAGACUCAAAGACCAUGUCGGAGAGCGAGCGGGACAGGCUCUUUGCCAAAAUGGAGGAGAAUGGGGACUUUGUGGGCUGGGCUCUGGACGUGCUAUCUCCAAACCUCAUCUCCACCAGCAUGCUUGGGCGGGUCAAAUACAACCUGAACACCCUGUCCCAUGAUACGGCUGCUGGACUAAUACAGUAUGCAUUGGACCAGGGUGUGAGAGUCACCCAGGUGUUCGUGGACACGGUGGGGCUGCCAGAGAAGUACCAGGAGCGGUUGCAGCAGUGCUUUCCUGGAAUUGAUGUGACAGUCAGGGCCAAAGCAGAUGCCCUCUACCCUGUGGUCAGCGCUGCCAGCAUCUGUGCCAAGGUGGCUCGAGACCAGGCAGUGAAGAACUGGCAGUUUGUGGAGGACCUGGAAGAUCCGGAUGCUGAUUAUGGCUCAGGCUACCCUAAUGAUCCCAAGACAAAAGCAUGGUUGAAGAAACACGUGGAACCUGUGUUCGGCUUCCCCCAGUUUGUCCGAUUCAGUUGGUGCACGGCCCAGACCAUCCUGGAGAAGGAGGCGGAAGAUGUUCUGUGGGAGGACUCCCCAACACAGGACCGGGAAGGGCCCGAGAGGAUCACAUCCUACUUCAGCAAAGGCCCCCGUGCCCGCCCCCACGUCCCCCAUCGAUACUUCCAGGAGCGAGGCCUGGAACCAGCCACCACCCUGUAGGAAGAGCCUGCCUUCCUCCCCAGGCCUGCCUCCCCUCACCACCAUGUGGAUUAAAGUUGUUGAAGGACAAGCUAGUGGAGGGCUUGUACUUUGGGCCAGAGGUGGUGUGGAAGUGCCCUCAGCAGCCGGAUGCA